AUGACAUGUACCUACAGCAGUGUGACAGCGUUAGCAGCUGUUUUAUUCAAACACUCAGCUACCAACAACAGCAGCCACAACAACAACUACAACAGAAGCCACGAAAGCGGCCACAACUUCCAAAAAAUCAGCUUCAAAGUUUUAAUAAGAAAGAUGAAAAUAGAGGCCAACAAAUACUACCCUAUAUCCACCAACAAAAACAAACUAUUGACCAACAACAACAACUACCGCAACUAUUAUGCCGCCAACAACUACUACUGCAACAACUUCCAAUACUACUACUACCACCAACACCAGAAAUGUCGCAACUACAACUACCUCUACUACCUCAGCCACAACAACGAUCGCUUUUACUACUGCUACUACUACUACAACAGCAACAGCGUCAACAGUUUGAAAAUGGCGAAUCGUGCGCGGAUAAAAUCAUUUGGCGACGAAAGGAUUUCGGCGAAUUUAAUUUUAUGCAAUGGCAUACGCGCAUUUUACACUCAACACUACAGCAAAGACAUCAACAAAUGCAGCAGCAACAACAUCAACAACAGCAACUACAACAACAGAAACAGCAAAUUAGUGUUUAUGAUUUCAUCCAGCUUGAAUUAUCCGGAUCGCAAUUAUCAAAUCCGUAUUCCGGGCGGGCAAAAGUUUCGCCCAAAAAACCAAAAAAUUCUAAUUAAAACAUUCUGGAAGUUUUACCUCUGUCCAACUCGGCUCCAAAAACCAAUUCGACACCAAAAAAAUUUUGCCAGAAGUGUCGUUCGUUACGUCAUAGAGACGUUUCGGUACAGAUUUACAAAUAAACCGAAGAUUAAAAAUAGUAAAGGUAACAGAGCCAAUAUCAACAACAUGCCAAUAAUUUUGAACCGUUGCAAGACCAGCUACAACAUCAACAACAACAACAACAUCCGCAACAUCAACAACAACAACAUCAGCAACAAAAACAUCAUCAACAGCAACAACAACAUCAACAACAACAACAACAUCUACAAAAGAAACAUCGGCGGUGCGCAGGGCUCCGUCAAAUUCGCCCAAUUUAGAAGGCCACAACAACAAAACAUUCAUACCUAUGAGCAGUGCCUUGUUCUCACCGAAUACGAUGAAGACAACUUCAACAACGUCAACAACAACAUCCGAAACGACAUCAACAACCUAUACUACAACAAAAAUAACUUUCUGUAUUUCAACGGUGACAUCAACAACAGCAACCACAACAGCAACAACAGCAGCAACAACUACGACAACAACGAUUUUCAAUUUUUAGAAUCCUACAACUUUGGACAAAUGCAAGCAGCUUAUGAUAUUUUACAAGACUUUAACGCGGUUUCAUCGCUUAAUUCCACUUUUAAGAGCAUAAACAAAGACAGCAAGAACACGAACAAAGACAACAAAAUUUUAAACAAAAAAAACAAAAACAUGAACAAAGACAACAACAACAACAUAAACAAAGACAACAACAACAACAAACACAACGACAUCAACAAACUGAAAUUUCCAUUCUGCAAUCACUUGCGAAUAAUCGACUCCCUUAGCGAUUUCGACCUACAGGACUGCUCACCGCCACUCUUCAAAAAAUACAAACAAGGUAAAAUUAGCGAACCUGCCAACCAAGAUCCCAGCCGGAAUCUCAAAAAUUACAACAACAACAACCACAUUGACAACAACAACAACAACGACAACCACAUUGACAACAACAACAACGACAACCACAUUGACAACAACAACAACGAUAACCAUAUUGACAACAACGACAACAACAACGACGAUUAUGAGAAUAAUAGUGAUGGGCGAAAUUCAGGAAUGUGCGAGUCGGUAUUGAGUCGGUUAUUGAGGUUGGAUCGAAAUGCCAAGGCGGUACAUUGCUUAUUCGAGCAGGCGAUCUCAUUCUACAACUGUGAGGAUGAUUAUUCGCAAUCUGCCAGAUGUCGUCAGUGUAAGACACGCAGGAACCGCUGCAACAAGCACGAAAUGUGGUUGGUUGCAAAAAACAGUUCCCUGCUGUCGCCUGAUCUGACACUGAUCAUUUUGCCUAUUUCCUUAAGAAAUUUAAGGGUGUUGGGGUCCAUCGGGCCGAGAACCUCGAUGCAUAUUGGCAAGAAUUCCAUCGAGGGGAGGGCAUUCCCAUAUUUUUUCAUUUUCUCGUCCGCUGCCCUGGCCGCGGCCAAACCGCAUUCUUUACUUGUCAGGUUUACGUAUCGUUCGGCGAGGGUGCCAGGGACCGUAACAUCCCACGCCAAACAUCUGCCGGCUCUCCAAGGUAUUAGCGUGCAUCCGUCCGGGCGCCUACCAUCAUGCGCAGAAAUGCCGGGUGGUUCCUUGAGAACCGGGAUUGAAGCCUUGGAGAAGAGCCGACAAAUAGAUAUACAAACGAGAAUAAACCUAUUAAACGUUUAUUCUGCCGUUAAUGCGGCUCACAAACUGUGGGUAUGUUCACUGCUGAUUCCACACCUACUGAACAACACAAAGGUCGUCCCGUGCCCGUUCUACGAGCAAGUCGUCGAAAACAGAUCUAAUAAAAAGGGUGGUGGUGUCGGGAUAUUUCUCAAAUUGGGACUAGAUUAUACACUUUUCGACAAUGCCCUAUCAACGGACGACGUCGCCGAUUGUCUAUGUAUUGAAAUUAAAUUUCACAAAUCCAACGUCAUCGUAUUUGCUAUCUAUAGACCACCUAACUCUGACCCCUCCAAUUUAAUUCAAAAACUUGACCUCGCUUUAUCUAGUCUUAAAACCAAUUCUAAAGUUUACCUUGUCGGCGAUUUCAACUUAGAUCUCUCAAAGGCCUGCUCUGAUAAACUCGUUGCUUCCUUUUCCGAUUUACUGGCUUCCUUCAACUUUGUUCCUCUUAUAUCUCAGCCUACCAGAGUGACUCAUUCUUCCUCUUCUAUAAUAGACAAUAUCUUCACAAGCAAUCUAUCUCAUCACAUUUCUGGUAUUCUUUUACAUGACUUUUCCGACCAUUUUCCUAUUUUCGCUUUAUGUCCAAAUUAUUGUUUCCCCAUUCCAACAGCUCCAAUUAAACUUCGUAGAAAUCUCUGUCCUGAUUCUCUUAGGAAAAUCAACCUCCAACUUUCUGUCCAAGACUGCAAACUUUCAACAGUUCCUCCAGGUACAACGCUAAACAACGACGACAUCGAAUCAACAAUGUUUCGAGUAUGCGUCAACACUGCUGAUGCUACUAAAAUGCAAGACCCUGAUAACAUGCCCGAAGAUUAUAAUUUUUUAUUCAAAAACAGAUCUAAUAAAAAGGGUGGUGGUGUCGGGAUAUUUCUCAAAUUGGGACUAGAUUAUACACUUUUCGACAACGCCCUAUCAACGGACGACGUCGCCGAUUGUCUAUGUAUUGAAAUUAAAUUUCACAAAUCCAACGUCAUCGUAUUUGCUAUCUAUAGACCACCUAACUCUGACCCCUCCAAUUUAAUUCAAAAACUUGACCUCGCUUUAUCUAGUCUUAAAACCAAUUCUAAAGUUUACCUUGUCGGCGAUUUCAACUUAGAUCUCUCAAAGGCCUGCUCUGAUAAACUCGUUGCUUCCUUUUCCGAUUUACUGGCUUCCUUCAACUUUGUUCCUCUUAUAUCUCAGCCUACCAGAGUGACUCAUUCUUCCUCUUCUAUAAUAGACAAUAUCUUCACAAGCAAUCUAUCUCAUCACAUUUCUGGUAUUCUUUUACAUGACUUUUCCGACCAUUUUCCUAUUUUCGCUUUAUGUCCAAAUUAUUGUUUCCCCAUUCCAACAGCUCCAAUUAAACUUCGUAGAAAUCUCUGUCCUGAUUCUCUUAGGAAAAUCAACCUCCAACUUUCUGUCCAAGACUGGUCAUCUGUCACUACUCAAGAUAAUAUUAAUACAUGCUGCUCUACGUUUUAUGCCAUUCUUUUCUAUAUUCUGGACUCCGUUUCCCCUCUGCUUCCAGUCAAUUAUAUUUAUAAAAAAACGCUAAAUAUCAUCAAUAAACAUGAUGCAAUGGUCCUUCUAUUACAAGCUGCUUUUUUGCCUCGUCUUGUUUAUUUUUUGAGAACAUCCCCUCUGUUGGAUGUUUCGAUCCUCAAUAGUUUUGACGAUCACCUCCGUGACGCAUUCCAGUCCAUCUUCAACAUAAAACUCGAUCAAAAAAAUUGGUUGCAGGGGACGCUGUCUAUAUGUGUUGGUGGCCUGGGUUUGGGUUCCGCGGCUGAGCUGGCACCUUCUGCCUUUUUGGCUUCUGCUGCUGCCACGGUGGCCCUUCAGGAUCUGAUGUUGUCGAGAGAUGGGAUUUAUGUCGAUAACUUCAGAAUGCAAGUAUACGACAUGUGGCGCGCCACCAACGGAGAUGUGGUUGCGCUCGAAAACCCCUCGCAAAAACACUGGAUCGCCCCCUGUCUUAAUAGAUCAGUUGAUCGAUGGCUGCAACUGAAUGGCUCUACUUUUGACAAGGCUAGAAUUAUGGCUGUCAAAAGUGAGUUGGACUCCUCCUGCUUGAGAGCGCUACCCAUCACCUCCUGCGGCACUAAAUUGGAUGACUCCUAUGUUCGCGUGAGCCUUGGUUUGAGACUCGGAGCCCAGAUCGACCUUGAAGUUUUUCGUGUUUCCGGUUGUAGUUUCAUAUUUAACAUUGUUAAUAAUAAUAAUAAUAAUAAUAACGUAGUACAUCCCUAUUUUACCCCAGUGACGUAA